AGCUCAUCUCUUUCCUCCCACGGUACUUAAAACAACCUUUUGUCUAAAGCACCUCAGAAACUACCUGAACCAAACAAUCACAGAGAGAGAGAGAGAUGGAAGUGGAGAGCAAGGAAUGGAUACUAGCACAGUAUGCGAGAGAAGGUGUCCCGACAUCUGAACAUCUGAAACUCCGAACCUCAAACCUCAAAAUCACCAAAGAUGUGCCAAACGACCAUGUGAUGCUGCGCCUCCAUUGGCUCUCUGUCGAUCCUUACCUCCGAGCCAAAAUGAGCUCCGUACAAGAUGGUCUCUCUCUCUCCCAGUUUCAACUCAAUCAGGCUGUGACCACAUUUGGGGUAGGUGAAGUGAUUGAGUCCAGGCACUCGGGUUUGAGUUUUGGAGAGAUUGUCAUCCACCCAUUUGCUCCUGUGGCUGAAUACUGCAUUGCCCCUGCUUCUUUUCUCAGGAAGAUUGACCCUGAUUCUGGGGUCUCAGUUCUUGAUUAUCUCAGCGCUCUUGGGAUUCCGGGUUUUGCGGCGUGGGUGGGAAUAGUGGUGCUCGGAGACCCGAAGCCGGGGGAGAAUGUCUUCAUAUCCGCCGCAGCCGGAGGAGUAGGUGUUUUCGCUGGGCAAUUGGCUAAAUUGAAAGGUUGCAGAGUGGUUGGUAGUGUGGGUUCUGAUGUCGAGGUCAAGUUUUUGAAAGAGGAGAUUGGAUAUGAUGAAGCAUUCAACUACAAUGUCGAGACAGAUUAUGAUGCCGCUUUGAGCAAGUACUUCCCUAACGGUAUCGAUAUUUACCUCGACAAUGUCGGAGGCAGGAUGCUCGAGGCCGUCCUUAACCAUGUGAAUUCCCACGCACGUAUCCCUCUCUGUGGCAUGAUCUCGCAAUACAACAAGGUUUGGACCGAGAGAGAAGGCGUGCGAAAUCUGUUGAACAUGGUGGGGAAGGAGGUGAGGAUGGAAGGCUUCAUGUUGGCUUCGUACAUGAACCGGUUCGGAGAGUUUAUGGAGGAAAUGAUCGGCUACGUCAAACAACGAAAGAUUGUUUCCCAGCACAAGAUCUACCAUGGCAUCGAGAGCUUCUUAGAAAGCUUCGGAUCCCUAUUCACUAGCUCUAACGUGGGGAAAGUCAUAGUUCAAGUGAACAAAGACGCAAAAGCUUAACCGUACCUCGCAAACGACGUGACAUGACAGUAAUGGUAAUGAGGGAUGAGACAUCUUUCAUAACCUGAAGAAAAUGCCUAGAAGAGGUGAAAUCUGGUUCCCUCAAACUGUACUGCUCAAUUCUGGUGUCUUGUUUGGAUUACAAAUGGCCUUGUAUGGUCUCUCGGGGACCAAUCCUUCGGCCGUAAUCCGUCCUACUCGCAUGUAUUUUGUCGUACUUCCUGUUGAAAGUGUCGUAACUUGCAAAAACUUGGAAAAUUUACAAUCAAUGGCUGUGAACUUCUGAUAA